GCAAAAAACAUCCGAUACAAAUAAAACUGGUAUGAAAAUGGAAAAAUACACACUGUGAACAGAAUCUGGUCAUUCCACUAAGUUUUUCCGUGAAAUAUACUCUGAAAUAGCCAAAAAUGUUUACAGAUGAAGAGGAUGAGAGCUCCCUUGGCGCGGUGCGGUACCCCUGCAUGCCCUCCCUGGUGGCUCUCCAGCAGAUGAGGAACCGGCUCCACUUGGCGUAUCUUGGCAGGAAGCUGAUGAAGUGGACCGCGCUGGCUACUGGCAGGGAGCUGAGGAGGAUAGCCAUGGAGAUGCACUCGAUCUACGACUCGUUCGCCGAAGACCUUGGCAACGCAUUCAUGCUCCUGGCUCGUGGUAGAUACUUCUAUCCAAACCUCAACAAGAUGGUGCUUGAGAAUUGUCCCGCUAAGGCCAGCGUGGUAGUGGGAGGGAGAGGCCGCAUGAUCACUGGUGUGAAGGUCAUGCGCUAUGAGAUAGUGGAGUCAGGAUUCGAACCCUACGAGCACCUGGGCAUAGAGAAGGGCGGGCAGCAGAUCCACGAGGCCAAGCUGGCGUGGCUGGAGCUGCUGAAGCGAAUGAUCCUGAUGCAGGAGUUGAGGAACAGCUUCAUGCUGGUCGAGGAGGCCCACAAGAACGCCACCAAGAAAAGGAAUGUAUUGACCAAAACAGUUGUACCAAGGAUUCUGGCUAACAUUGGUUACAUCAUGAAUGAGCUACAAGAGAUGGAAAAAGAAGAAACGUGUGAGCAUAAAAGACAGCCAGAAGAAAAUGCUACUUAUCGCCCAGAUAAUGGGGUUGAAAUUAUUUGUUGCUGUUGCCUGUCAUCGUAUGAUACUGGCAAUGAAGAGCCCAAAGAUACUGAAUCGGUUUGUCCCGAGUGUGCUGAUGAUGCCGGGAACGAAGAGCCGAAGGAUACAGAAUCGUUAUGUCCCGAAUGUGCCGAGGGAGUAUCACAAGAAGAUACCGGGUCACUUUGUCCUUCUUGCGCUGAAAGUGUAGCCGAAUCUGUGUGCCCAGUUUGUGCUGCUAGUAGUACUAGAACUUCAAAUUCUGCCACGUCUCUAAAUAAUCAUGAAAACACAGAAGCUAAGGAACAAGAAGAGAAAAAGAGGUUGGAAAAUCUCAUGUCUCACAUCGAUGACGUAAUGUUCGAUUUGAAGAACCACGCUGAAGGCAUGGCGUCUAGAAGUACAGAGAAAUUUAUAGAAACAUGCAAUAAGUUUAAAGGAACAAUUAAAUCCUUCGCAAACAAUCCUUUAAGUUUGUCUUUGUGUGAUCUAUGCAAAAAGUGCGAAGAUAAAGGCAACGCAGUUGCCAAAAGACCAUCUCACACUGGUUCAGUGAAAUCUGUAAGUUUUCCACCAGAAACCGAAAGGAUAGAAACGCCAGAAACGCAAGAAACGGAUAACGAGGAGCUUGGAUUCUUUGAGACAAAAACUGAAGAGAUAGUCAAAGUCAGUAAGUUUUUAAACAAGGAUGGCAGUGUUGGAGAAGAAAAGCAAGUGAUAACAAUCAAGACGGAAAGGAAAACUCCGUCAGGGCCAAAAGAAGAUGAAGAAAUGAAAGAGACAGAGACGCCAAGACUUUGUUGCAGUGAGAGCUGUUUCUCCAAGACACCAUCUACUCAAUCUAAAUCUGAAUUGUCAAGGAAAUCGUCACGGUCAUCAUUCCCAGAUCAGAAAGGUACAGGCACUGGGGAAAACAAGGGAACGUGUUGUGUAGACAGAAUAAGCAGUGAAAAACUGCAUAAUGGUAAAAGAUCAGGGUCAACUGACGCAGUAUGGAGAGAUGCGCGAACUUCAACGUCAGAUUUAGACACCAUGGCUGGUAAUACGCCAUCUAGUUGCCCGUUAUGUUGCGGUCAAAACGCAAGUAAACAAGAGGUUACACAACCAAGCAGUUGCACUAUAAAAAUUAUUAACAAGCCCGGUCCAGCUCCUUUAGUUAUAUGCCCUCAACAUGAAUCUAAUAAGUCCAAAUCAUCAGGUUGUGUCACAUGUAACUAUGGUUCUAAGACGUCUGUAUGUAAAUCAUGUAGAGACGAUCAAGGAGGUGCCACCGCUUCUGAAUCUUCCUUAUGCUCAAAAUGUGCAGGCAACGAUAAACCCAAGCGCAAAUGCCCUAGAUGUGGCAAAGAAAAGAAGCAACCGCCUGUUAAACAUACCUGUCCAAUAUGUAAAGCAGCAUCGAAACCAAAAUUAUGCAAGCACUGUGAAGAGAAAGCUGCAAAACCUGCCAAUACUUGUCCGUCUUGUGGCGUUGAAAAACCUAAAAAAUCUAAGAAGGACAAAGAUUGUCCACUAUGUAAAGAGAUGUCUAAAGAAUCGAAUAAAGGUUGUUCUCUGUGUGCCAAAAAGUCAGAGUCUAAAAGCGAGGUUGGCUGUCCAUUAUGUGGAGAAAAACCUCAGGAAAAUAAUGAUAACUGUCCGUUAUGUAUCAAAAAAGCUGAAGAUUCAAAAAAGAAAAACGGUUGCCCUCAAUGCGCUAAGAAAGCGGAAAAAUCUAAAAAAGGUAACGGUUGUCCACAGUGUGCUAAGAAAUCAGAUUCAAAAACUAGUUUGGGCUGCCCUAUGUGCAGUGGCAAGUUUCAAUCGAAAACUGACAAUAGCUGCCCAUCGUGCGCUAAAAAAUCUAAAGAAUCCAAAAAGGACAACGGAUGUCCUAAUUGCAGUAAGAAAUCUGAUUCCAAAACCAGUUUAGGCUGUCCUUCAUGCAGUAAGAAAUCUGGAUCGCAAACCAGUUUAAGCUGCCCCAUGUGUGGUAAUAAAUCUUCAUCAAAAAUAGAUAACAGCUGUCCUAUGUGUGCCAAAUCUAAGGAAUCCAUAAAAAACAAUAGCUGUCCAUUAUGCUCCAAAAACUCAGAAAUAAAACUAGACGGUUGUCCAAUAUGCACUAAGAAAUCCGAGCCCGAAAAAUCCUGUCCUAUUUGCAAGAAACCUGAUGACAAAAAAUGUCCUAUUUGCGACAAGAAAGAAGAACCUAAGACCUGUCCUAUAUGUGACGCAAAAAAGGAGGAACCAGCCCCCGAAGAAACGGACAAGUCUAAGAAAAAAGGCAAGAAAGACUCUAAAGUAUCCAAAAAAGAUAGCAAAGAUCUUCAGCAUAGUUGUAAAUUUUGCGGCGUUAAAGGCAAAAAAUCCAAAUCUGAUAAAGAUGUAUGCCCCAUUUGUACUAGUGUAGAAUCCAAGGAACAAGAACAAGACAAAGCUAGCGAAUGUCCAAUAUGUGGUGCAGCAAAACCUGAAGAACCAGAAGACGAUAAGGGCAAGAAAAAGAAGUCUAAAGAUAAAAAGAAGGAAGAGAAAGCACCAAAACACAGUUGCAAAUUUUGUGGAGAAGCAAAAGGAAAGAAAAAGAAGGAUGGCGAAAGCUGCCCGAUAUGUACUGCGGCCGAGUCCGAAUCUCAAAAAUCUCUGGAAACUGCCUCAUCGAAAAAAUCUCUAUGCGGUUUUUGCGGUGACAAAACUGAAUCUAAGAAAUCGCUUUGUGGGUUUUGCGAUGAUGAUAAAAGUACGUCAAAGAAAUCAUUAUGUGGGUUUUGUGAUGACAAGUCUGAAAAAGAAAGUAAAGCUCCAGCCGGCUGUCCAGUUUGUGGCAAAGAAAAGCCUAAAGAUACAACACCUGGGUGUCCAACAUGCAAUAAACCUAAAGAAGAGCCAAAAGCUUGUAAGAUUUGCCAGGAGAGAAUGGACAAGAAAAAUGCCUGUCCAUUGUGUGCUGCACAAUCAAAAUCUGCUUCUGACACAACAGCUUCUAGUGCAAAUAAAGAUAGCCCAUGCCCAUCGUGUAAGAAAGACGGUAAAAAAUCUAAGUCCGAGUGCAAAAUGUGCCUUGAAAAUGCUGCAAAGAGUAAAGAAAAAGAUGUCUGUCCAAUAUGUGGACCAGAUGAACCAGAAAAGCCAGAAACUGAACCUGAUAGUCCAUGCCCUUCGUGCAAAAAGGAUGGCAAAAAAUCCAAAGGGCAGUGUGGUAUGUGCCAACAAAACGCAGAGAAACAUAAAGCUAGUAAAGAGCCAAAAUGCACGUGCGCCGAAAAGAAAGGGCCCGAAUGUAGUUGCCAGAACAAUAAGGAGCCAGAAUGUUCAUGCCAGAAGGGGCCUGAAUGCUCCUGCCAAAAAAACAAAGAACCUCAAUGCUCAUGCCAGAAAAAAGAAUGCACUUGCCAAAAAAAAAACGACCCAAAAUGUUCGUGUCAAAAAGAUAAGGGACCUGAAUGCUCUUGUCAGAAAGGAAAAGGUCCCGAAUGUACUUGCAAGAAAGGAAGUCAGCCUGAUUGUACUUGCAAGAAAGGAAGUAAGGCCGAUUGUACAUGCAAGAGUGGGAGUAAACCCGACUGUACAUGCAAGAGUGAGAGUAAAUCCGAUUGUACAUGUAAGAAUGAAAAAAAACCUGACUGUACAUGUAAGAAUGAAAAAAAACCUGACUGUACAUGCAAGAAUGAUAAGGACCAAGGACCAAAAUGUUCUUGUUCAAAUGACGCAUUAUCUACAAAGUCAGUAGAAUCGUUAUGCAAGUCUUGCUCUGACAGCCAAAAGCAAGAAGACAGCUGCCCCAAGUGUAGUGGUGACAAACCUGCAAAAAAGCCAAAAAAAUCUUCUUCUAAAACGUCACUAUGCAGUCAUUGUAAAGAGCAAUCUAAACCUAAGAAACCUAAAUGCACUUGCAAAGAUCCAAAGCCUUUGAAGUCAAAAGAGUCAUUAUGUAAAUCGUGUUCAGAUAUUCAGAAAGAGGAAGACAGCCUGUGCCCUAAAUGUGGCGGAGACAAGCCCCAAAAGCCAAAGAAAUCUGCUUCAAAAACCUCUAUGUGUAGUCAUUGUAAAGAACAAUCUGAACCUCCAAAGUCAUCUUGUCCGUGUGGUGACGGUGGGCAGCCUGCUAAAGCCAAAAAAUCAUCGUGCGAGGUUUGCUUCGACGACAAAAAACAAGAAGACGAUAUUUGCGCUCAAUGCGGUAGAAAGAAACCCCAGAGUUUGACGAAAUCUGUAUCUCAAUCUGGUUCUUUAUGUAAGCAUUGUAAAGAGCAAGCUGAACCCAAGAAACCACCAUGUGAUUGCAGCCCGAAACCAUCUAAACCAGCUCUAAAGAAAUCGUCAACAUCAGUGUGCAAAGAAUGCGAGAAGAAAAAGAAACAGGAAAGCGAUAGAAGUGGAUGUCCUUACUGCGCUAUGAAGUCACAAACAAGAAGCUGUUCUUUCGCUCUUGACGUAUCAUCUACUGGAUCAGAAUCAGGCAGCGAUUCGUCCUGUUGUUCCAUUUCAAAUAAGAGUUUUGGCAUCGAAACUGAGGAGUGUGUGCCCUCUUGUAGCUCUUACAAAUCCGCAUCCAGCGAAAAAGAGUUCAGCGAUGAAGAUGCCGCCGAUGCCUUGUGCUGUAACAGCACUCAGACUGUCAUGAAAUCCUCAUUGAAAUCUUGCUGUUCCACCAAAAAGAAGUCCUCACAACGCACCUGUUGCUUCGCAGAGCCUAAGCCACCUCCAAAAUGUCCCAUAUGCGUCCCAAUGGCGGACGCAUCUGUGAACACGAAGUCAGCUGACAGAUAUGACGUCAGACCCAUCCUGAUGAUACCUGGUGCAACCAAUAAGCCCACCUGCUGCUGCAAAGCAGAGCCUAGCAAAGUCUGCAACUGCAGAUCCGAGCCAAACUGCACGCCUAGCAAGAAAAAAUCCUCCUCAAAAUCUAAAUCAUUCUGCGAAAAAGAUUGCACCUCCUUUGGAGGUCUGUACCUCUGA